AACGGGGACAAAAGAGUAACAAGUUGAUAACAAACAAGUGAUCAACUUCUACUCUUGUACGUCUGAUCAUAUCAUCCUCCUCCUCCUUCAAUACUUGCCUCCAUUGUUUCUCAACAAAACAAAAAUGCCUUCAUCACUUUCUCCCACUGAAAACCCAUAUCUCUAUACCCUUUUGGAAUCAUCUCGUCCUUUUCUCCGAGGAGAAUUCGAAUCAAUCGAUAAAGAUCUCCCAACCCUUAUCGCCGUUUUGCGUUCCGUCGGCGCCGGCGAAUGUUGGCAUAAGCACGGGAGCUUUCUCGACCACUUAAUCGAUAUCUAUAAGAUUCUAAAAAUCUGGAAAGCCCCAAAUUCCGUUUGCCUUUGUGGUCUUUUCCAUUCAGCUUAUUCUAAUUCAUAUGUAAAUCUGGCUAUCUUCGAUCCAUCUACUGGACGUGAAAUUGUACGUGGUCAUGUCGGUGAAGCUGCCGAGAGAUUGAUUCAUCUGUUCUGUAUCGUCCCUCGUCAGCCAUUGAUUCAUGAUGAUCUGUUGUUUCGGUAUACUGAUUCGGAGCUUGUUGAGCAUCUCGCGUUUUCUCAGGCUUCGUUGAGUAAUGCCAAGGAGAAAGGUUUGUUUGAUGAAGACGAAGCGUGGAGGAAGAAAUUGGUGUCGAUUGUGCCGGUUGAUGGUAUAGUAGUGAAGCAUAUUAAGACAGGUGAAGAUGUGUUGGUUUCCAGGAGACUAGUGGCUGUGUUUCUCCUCAUGACAAUGGCUGAUUUCAGUGAUCAAUUGUUUAACUUUCAGGAUUUGUUGUUUGAGAAUUCCAAUGGGAGAUUGGAAUUCACUGGAAACAAUUCCCAAACAACUCUAUGGCCCGGGGAUGGAAAGCCCGGGCUAUGGAUGAAUUCCAUAUCAAGAAUAGGAGCAAUUUAUACUCUGAUAGUAAGAGAAGAAGAAAUCUUGAUUGAACAAAGGAAGAAAAAAUGCCAAAGUGGUGAAGAAGGGGUUAUUGUACAAGGUAGAGAUGAAGAGAUUGAUCUUGUUAUUCCACCGGUUUUCGACAACUGCACAAGAGUUUUGGAUGCAGAAGAGCAAAAAAUGGCAAGAGAAUUGUAUUGGGAAGGUGUUUGUGAAGGGUCUAAGAGAGGUUUAGAUUGGGCUGAAGAGAAGUUAUUGAUGAGUAUUGACAACAACCCUUUUGUGGGUGAGCCUCAUGUAGUAUUGGGGCAAAUUUAUUUGAGCAAAGGGAAGUUUGAAGAGGCAGAAAAAGAGGCUGAAAUGGGGCUAAGAUUAAUCUUGGAAUGGGGAAGUCCAUGGGACAAGAGAAUGUCUUGGGAAGGUUGGGUUGCUUGGACAAGAGUUUUGUUGAUGAAGGCAAAAGACAAGUCUUGGCCACAAAAUUCUUGGGGUAUUCUCAAUUUGGGUCUAGUAAGGUAACAAAUAAAUGUCUUUUAAGAUUUAGUUCAAGUUGGUUUUGUUGUCGUAUUCAUGUUGAAUUCUCUAAAAAUUCGCUUAUCUAUUUUGGAAGAUUCUAUAUGUACCUACCUAUUUCAUAUUAAGAAAUAAAUCUUUAAUUUGUUUUUGUUUGAAUUAAA